AUGACGGCCGUCGAAUCCCUCCCCCCUUCCCUUUCUCAGCCGAGUAUAGUCAAGAUGGAAGAGCGCAAACGACCAAGUCCGUACGACCAGGUCGAAUCCGCGCCUCCGCUGAAGAGGCAGGCCACUUCCGCUAAUGGCGCAUCCAAGUCCCACAAGGAUGAUGACAUGCCAUGGAAGGAUGAUCUCGAGAGAUUCCAAAAGGACGCGAUUUAUCGGCAAAUGCAGGAAUAUCGCAGGGAGAAGAAUACCCUUGAGUCACAGUUAAAAGAGAUGCGGAAAAGGGCGCGAUAUCAUGAUGAUCACCUCCGUAUCAUUGAUGCUUGGUUUCAACAAGUAAUUGACGAGGUCAAGGUUAUUGCCCAAGGAGAUGAUGAUGUAGAUAUGGACUCGUCGUCUCUUCCCUCCUCUCUUCUCUUUGCGGACCACGAACAGUUCGAAGAGCAUCUGCGCAGCCGUUCAAAAGAAAUCAAAGCUGUGAUAUCAAGGUUGUUUGGGCCCAGCAGGUCGCAUUCACCCGAUGUUACAGAGUUGCAGUCGAGGAUAUCUCGACUGCUGGCAGCGGAGAAAAAUCAUGUGGUGGAACUAUCCAGACUACAAGCCGAGAAAGAGGAUCUGGAAUAUCGGCUUGAAAAUGCGUCCUUACGAUAUAUGAUGGCCGAAAAGAAGAUUGACAGAGCCAAAAGUGUGACGGUGGCGAAACUCGAGAAGCAGGCAUUGUUGGGUGCAACAAAACCUGCAACGGAAGAGGGAGGUCCAGUAAAGCGAGAAGAAAGCGCUGUCAACGGCACAACCGAUCAUUCCGAGGAGCUUGCGGAACUAGAAAAGGAAUUGAACAAGACCGUGGCGACAUCUGAGAAACAGAAGCAGCAGCUUGAACGGCUGGAAGAAGAAAACGCCAAGUUAAACGCUCAGUUGACGGAAUUGUCGACCAAGUCUGUCGUUUUGACGGAGGAAGAUUAUGCGAAAACUGAGCUGUUUAAGCAGUUAAAAUCCCAGCACGAGGAUGUGAUCAAGCGGAUCAACAACCUUGAAGCUACCAACACUCAGCUCAGAGAGGAGGCACAAAGGCUCAGAUCAGAAAGAACCACAUUUCAACUUCAGCUGGAAAACGAGGCUCGCGUCGCCGUAACGGAGAAAGAGUCGCUACUCGCUGCGUCAGAGGCCAACCUAGCCAGGAUUCGACACAACCGAGAUGAGCUGUUGGCUGAUUUGGCGAUAAAAAAGGCCACCCUGGAGCAAGAUCAGGAAGCCGUGAAGAAGAUCUCCGAUUUGACCUCAGCUCAAGAGGAUCGUAUCAAGGCUUUAGAAUCCGAAAAUGUGCGGUUGAGCACGCAGGCGAGUGAAAUGGCUGUGGAUAAUUCCGAACUGGAUGCCCUCGGUGUCGAAGAGCUGCGUGGCAAGUACUCGGAGUUGGAAAAGAAGUACAAUCUGUUGAACGGCGAACUUGCGUCAAUGUCCACAGCGUACCAAAAGACCACUCGACUCGCUUCUCAGAAAGUGUCGGAAUAUGCUGCGCUGGAAGAGAAAGUCCUGCGGCUCUCGGCGGAGAAGGCUAAGGCCGACCAGAAAUUCUUUGCUGCCAUGAAGAGCAAAGAAACCCGAGAUGGCGAAAUCCGGACCCUGCGCUUGCAGAACACGAAAUCUGCAGAGGCUGUGUCUCAAUUGAAAGAAGCCGAAAAUGCGACUCGAGCGCUUCUGGCGACAAUGGAAAAGCAAUUGUCUGAAACCAGGGAUGCAUUGACGCACAAGACGAACGAGCAUCGGACCGUCCAGCAACAGAACAUCACGCAGGGAUUGGAAGUUUCGAGGCUGAAUGGCCAACUGACGGAGCUGAAGAAUCUGCUAGUCGCCAAAGAUUCGAAAUUUGCCACGGUUUCCAGUCUCUGCCGGGCUGCGGAGCUGGAGGUGGAAGAGCUGAAAACCACGCUCAAGGAUACCAGAAGAAGUCUCGAGUCCUGGAAGAGCAAGAGCGGCCAGUCCGAACAAUACGAGAUGCUUCGACAAUUUGCGUACUGCAAUAUCUGCAAACGCGCGUUGAAGAACACCGUGAUCAAGACAUGCGGCCACACUUUUUGCAAUGAGUGUGUCGAGGAACGACUGACAUCAAGGUCGCGGAAAUGCCCGAAUUGCGGAAAGUCGUUCGGCAGCAACGAUCACAUGCGGAUAACCCUCUAA